AAAGCUCUUUUCUCUGAGUCUUUUAAAGUUGUCUUCUUUUAGUCAUUUUGAGCUGAUUUGUCUCUGGAUUGAAAACUUGAACACACCAAAUCUACAUGGACGAAGCAGACAGCUUUGUCCCGUUUCAGGGCAUAAAGAAGGAUGUCAAAGGGAGACUCAAAUGCUACAAGCAAGAUUGGAUCAGUGGUCUCAGAGCUGGAUUUAGGAUUCUGGCACCAACAACUUACAUAUUCUUUGCAUCCGCUAUUCCGGUGAUUACUUUUGGAGAACAGUUGGAAAGAGAUACUGAUGGGAAGAUUACUGCUGUUCAAACCUUAGUUUCGACAGCAUUGUGUGGAGUGAUUCACUCCAUUAUUGGUGGACAACCAUUGUUGAUUCUUGGUGUUGCAGAGCCUACUGUUAUAAUGUACACCUUCAUGUUCAAUUUCGCUAAAAGUAGAACGGAUUUGGGCUCUAAUCUCUUUCUCGCGUGGACCGGAUGGGUUUGCUUGUGGACGGGGCUGUUGUUGUUCUUGUUAGCUGUAUUAGGCGCUUGCACCUUCAUCAGUCGAUUCACUCGACUUGCCGGGGAACUGUUUGGUAUCCUAAUAGCCAUGCUUUUCAUGCAAGAAGCCAUUAGAGGCAUUGUGGAUGAGUUUGGUGUUCCCGGAAGAACAAAUCCAAGAUCAACUGAGUUUCAACCUGCUUGGGUGUUUGCAAAUGGAAUGUUUGGUUUGGUUUUGUCUUCUGGACUUCUGUAUACUGCACUGAAAAGCAGAAAAGCAAGGUCUUGGAGAUUUGGUGCUGAAUGGUUACGCGGGUUUGUAGCAGAUUAUGGUGUUCCAGUGAUGGUGGUAGUGUGGACUUGUAUAUCAUACAUACCUUGGAAAAGUGUUCCUCAAGGGAUACCAAGACGUCUUGUUAGUCCUAAUCCAUGGUCUCCUGGUGCAUAUCAGAAUUGGACUGUCAUUAAGGAGAUGGUGGAUGUGCCUGUGCUUUACAUUAUAUUAGCGGUUGUUCCAGCGUCAAUGAUUGCGGUUCUUUACUACUUUGACCAUAGUGUAGCUUCGCAGCUCGCACAGCAGGAAGAUUUCAAUCUGAGAAGGCCUCCUGCUUACCAUUAUGAUCUGUUUCUUCUAGGUUUCUUGACAAUCCUUUGCGGUCUCAUCGGGAUUCCUCCAUCCAAUGGUGUCAUCCCUCAGUCUCCAAUGCACACAAAAAGCUUGGCAACACUGAAUCACCAGUUACUUCGAAACAAACUCGUGGCAGCUGCACGUAAAUGUAUCAGAAACAAUGCAACAAUAGGAGAAGUCUAUGUAAGCAUGGAAGAAGCUUACCAACAAAUGCAGAGCCCUCUGAUACACCAAGAGCCUUCUCGGAUUCAGGGGCUCAAACAGUCACAUACUCAAAAGGCUUCAAACGCCGAUGCCCUUGUCGAUGAAACAGUGUUCGAUAUAGAGACGGAAGUCGAGAAUAUACUGCCAGUGGAAGUAAAAGAACAAAGAGUAAGUAACUUUCUUCAAGCUAUGAUGGUGGCUGGAUGUGUUGCAGCAAUGCCUUUAAUCAAAAGAAUCCCAAGCUCAGUUCUUUGGGGUUACUUCGCUUACAUGGCAAUCGAAAGCCUCCCAGGGAAUCAAUUCUGGGAAAGGAUCGUGCUUCUCUUCACUGCCCCAAGCAGAAGAUUCAAAGUUCUCGAGGAUAAUCAUGCGGUGUUUGUUGAAACGGUUCCGUUUAAGACAAUGGCGAUGUUUACUCUGUUUCAAGCGGCGUACUUGCUGGUCUGCUUUGGGAUCACGUGGGUUCCGGUGGCUGGAGUUUUGUUCCCGUUGAUGAUAAUGUUUCUUGUUCCGGUUAGACAAUAUGUGUUGCCUAAUUUCUUCAAAGGAGCUCAUCUUCAAGACUUGGAUGCUGCAGAGUAUGAAGAAGCACCUGCUAUCUUAUCAUUCAAUCUCAAACCGGAAGGGGAAGUGAGCCGUGCAACGUCGUUUGCGGAUAGUGGAGAAGUGAUGGACGGAAUGUUUACGAGAAGCAGAGGAGAGAUAAGGAAAGUGAGCAGCUUGAAACUCGGUGGAGGAAGUGGAUCGACGGUAGGUUCGCCUGCGGGAGGAGUGGAGUUGAUGAGAAGAGUGGUGAGUUUUCAGAAUCCAAGAGUGUCAGAGAAAGUGUAUAUCCGGAGCUUAAGCGAUUUCAGAGGAGGAGGAGAGACUAGUCCAAGGUCUCCCGCUGGAAGAGCUCCGUUCAGUCCACGAUCCGCUGCGGGAGGAGGAGGAGAACAGAGACUUUCUAAUUUAGGAAAGUCUGUUUAGUAAACAGUAUAGUAUAGUGUUCUCUCUCUAUUCAGAUUUGUUCUAACCAACCAAUCCUAUAUAGCUAAGUUAUUCCAUUUGUCUGUCAUUAUGAGAUUUAAGAAAUGAAAAAGAGAUUA